GCCUCACAUGUUGACCACAAUCCACGUGACUUUGACCCAUUGAUCCGUUCUAACCGCUUCUCCUUUUCUUUCUCUCCUUUUCCCAUUUCUUUCGAUAUCUCUCUCUCAUUUUUUUUCAUUUCUCUUUUUCCUCUUAUGCAAACCCUAAAAACCAAAAUGUCUUCGUUGUUGAGAUCGUAAUUGCGUGCGUGCGAGAAACUCUUUCUUGAUUCGCGCGCCUAAUUGUAAUUUCGAUUUCAAUGGCGAAGGAAAUUGGUACAUUGUUUGUGAUUGAGAAUUUUUUUUGAAUUCGGAUUUGUAAAAAAAAGGGUUUUUGUUUAAAUUGUUUCUAUUAUGUCUGAUUUGGUUGCUCGUACGGGUCGGCAUCAGCAACGCUAUGAAGAUGGUUAUCGUCUUGUUGCUGGGUGUGUUCCCUUUAGGUAUAAAAGCUGUGACGAUGAGUCUAGUUCCGAGAAGAUUGUUGAAGUGCUUAUGAUUAAUUCACCUAGUGGACCAGGUCUUCUGUUUCCAAAGGGAGGUUGGGAGAAUGAUGAAACUGUUGAGGAGGCGGCUGUAAGAGAAGCUAUAGAAGAAGCGGGAGUUCGAGGAGACCUAAUGGAAUGUCUUGGAUACUAUGAGUUUAGGAGUAAGACCCAUCAAGAUGAGUUCAGUCCAGAAGGGUUGUGUAAAGCUGCAAUGUUUGCUUUGUUUGUUAAGGAGGAACUUGACUUGUGGCCUGAGCAAAAUACCAGAAAUAGGAGUUGGCUGGAUGUAUCGGAGGCACUCGAUAGCCUCCGACAUGAGUGGAUGAGGGAUGCUCUGGAACGCUUCUGCAAAUGGCACGAGGAAAAGUUUGUGGAUGGAACAGAUGGAACAGAAUGAUUUAUCUGAUGUUAGACUGAUUUGCUGACAAUUUUUUCUGAACAAGAUUUGCUGACAAUUUAUUUGUAGGGGGAUUGAUAUUUGAUUAAAAUACAAUUCUUGAGGUAGUUACUCUAGGAAAUAUAACUGAUCAGAAUUGCUCAGUUAUUGUUUCAAGUCUGCGGAAUGAUGUCUGUCUGGUCUUUCGAUUCAGAGUAACUCAUGACAUUCAAUAUCAGCUCUGAUGUUCAUUUUGUUAUUUUAACUUGUAUAUGUGCAUGCGUC